ACUCCAAACCCUGAUUUUACUCGUCAGUCCUCAGUCCUCACUCGUCCUUCUCAUCAGCUAUUCAGCUCAUCAAUCUCUCACACUCCGUCUCUCUGUCUCUCAAACUAUCUGUCUUCUUCAUUCACUCCGCUCACAGCCCACAACGGCCAACACUCACCCGAAGCAGCCAGCAGCUCAGCUCAAUCAUUCCGUCUCCGGCGUCUGUGUCGCCGCCUUCUUGGCCUCGUCAUCGCCGGCUCAGUCAAGCAGAAGCAGAAGCAGAAGCAGCCAGCAACUCGCCCCUUGUUUGGACGUCGUCAUCUUCUUGCUUCUUGGCCUCGCCGUCUCCGCCUUCUCGCCGGUCUCGUCGCCGUGAGUUCACAGGAUUAGGGAGACACGGUUGAUUUAUCAGGACCUCUAAUAUCUCAAAUGCACACCGUCAAUGAGCUCUUAGAAAGACAUGUGCAACAUCUACGGCAUACUGUCUGGCGAUCAUGGUUUCAGAAAGGAAGGGCGACUAUUAUCAGUAUCUGGCCAAAUUCAAGUGUGGUGAUGAGAGAAAGGAGGCUGCUGAUCAGUCCAUGAAAACAUAUCAAGUUUUCUUCUAUUUAUCUGUGUGCUGUUAAGGGUGCUGGAUGGUUCUUCUUGCCAUGCCUUUUAGCGUAAUUUAUUCAUUAAACCAGAUAAUAAAAAACAACACACCAGAAUCCAUACAACCAAUUUCCAUGCAGACCUUCACUUCAAUGAUGAACGAAAUUCUAAACCCUUCAACACCAAAAAGCACGGUUUCAUCAAUCUUCAAAACCCUAAUCCACUCCCUCCUCCAUUCUCCAGAAUCACACCACAGCCAAAUCCUCAAGCUCAUAGCUGACCUCUCUUCCCACCACCCUUCCCUUGCCCAACUCGCCCUUGACUCGCUCCAAUCCAUGUUGCCUCAACUCACCGACCCGCCGAGUCAACUCACCAUUGAGUACCUAGAUGCACUUGUCAACAUCUCGGAGAGGCCCAUGGAGGUUGACGACUCUCUCUUCACGUCGAUAUGCCUGGCGGCAUCGUUUCCGGUGAGGCUUUGGAUGGUGAGGAAUUCAGGUUGCCGGGUCAUGGUUCGACCCGAGUUGUUGUACCCGGUUCUGAUGGGGAUGACAAAGGAGCCUUACCCAUGUUUGAGGGAGGAAGCAUUGGAAGCAUUGGUUCGGUUGGGAGAGUGUGCAGUUUUUGAGGAGGUAAGCUUGGUGAAAGGUUGCUAUGAGCGUGGUGUUCAGCUUCUAAGUGAUAACGAAGAUUGCGUGAGGAUCUCUGCUGUUCGAGUUGUAAGUCUCUGUUCUGUGGUGAGAGAUAUGAACAUGAAGGUCAGGGUUGAAGUUUUUAAUGGCCUUGGAAAGAUGGAAAUAGUAUCCAAGGAACUUCUUAUGCAAAGCUUGUCAAAGAGGGUUUUAGUUUUGGAUCAAAGCCCAACUGAACAAUUUGUGCUGCUUGCAAGUAAUGUCGCUGGUGCACUAGUUCAUGGGGUUGAGGAUGAGUUCUUUGAGGUCCGGAAGUCUGUAUGCCAGUCCUUACGCACCCUGACGGUACUCUCAGUUGAGUUUGCUCAUGCAGCCUUAAACUUGUUAAUGGAUGUCUUGAAUGAUUAUAAAGUGGAAGUUCGGUUCCAAGCUUUAGAAACUAUGCAUCACAUGGCAAUCAAUCAUUGUCUAGAGCUUCAGGAAAAUUACAUGCAUAAGUUUCUUGAUGUUCUAGAGGACAAUAGUAGUGAAGUGAGAUUUUCUGCCAGGAAAAUAGUUCGACUAAUGAAGCUAAGAAAUCAUUUGUUGUUCAAAUCAACUAUGGAUGUUCUUCUAAAAAAUUUAGACAGCUAUCCACAGGAUGAAGCUGAUAUAUUUUCUGUUCUCUCUCAUCUUGGCCGAAAUCACAAGCAAUUUGUAGAUUUAAUUGCAAAUGAAAUCGCUGAUGAGGUAGAAGCAAGUUUUGAAGGAAAUAGAGAAUUUAAUAGUGCAAGGAUGGCUGCUCUGUUAGUCCUAUCUAUAUCUGCUCCAUUCUUGAAUGCAGAUGUUUGCCCUAUACCACCAGUAAUAUUUUCUUUUGCGGCUACAUUUUUAAGUAGGAUUUGUUGCGCCUUUAGCGAUGUCAUGAAUCGGGACACCCUCUUGGAGUACCUUAUUCAGAAAAGCAGCUCGAUGGUGCAACCUGAAGUAAAUAUUAGUAAUGGGGAAGGACAGAAUCCCUUGGCCAAAGACGAUGUUCAAAAUGUUGCUGGCAAUGAGAUGAUUCAUUCUGAAAUAACUAUCAACAAUGGGGAAGGACAGUUGCCUUUAUCCAAAUACAAUGUUCAAAAUGUUGCUUUGGAAAUGAAGCCGCCAAAUGAUGUAGGCCAACAUAAGCGGCCAGUGCAUGAUAGUGUUGUUCUAACCUACAUAAAUUACAUCCUUGUGAAGCUCCCUAAUAUAUGGCCAAAGGUACAAUCUUGUUCUGCAAACGAAGUGCUAUGUUCCUUGAGGCAUUGGAAGGAAGAAUUGACAUCUUUGACAUUUGACUCUUCUGCUCCUGCUGAUGCUUCAGCAUUUGCUUUAUUGUAUCUUAAAAUAAUAAAGUUGGUCGUAGAAGUCUGGGAUCACUUGGUGCGAAAAACGGAGGUGGUCUCUGGAACGGUUGAAUUGGAAGACAAGUUGGAAAAGCUUGACGGGAGGGCUAAAGAAUUGAUGAAUCGUUUUAUAGGUUUCUCUGCAGAAGAGGAAAUCUCUGUUCUGGAGCUAAUUUUGUUGACUUACACCCUCAGGCUUUGCAGAUCUGAAAUCUGCAGUCGCAAUUUCAUAUUCAAGAGGAUGACGAUCAUAUACUUACGCACCGAGUCAUUCCUUAAAUUGAGAUCAGAUGUUGCUUCCGGUUUUGUAGCUGAACUUGGGAGCUUAAUACGUGAAAGUAGCAACGGUGGAGCUUCCUGCAGUUCACUUGCAUUUGAUAACUGUCUAAAGUUGUUCUCCCCGAAGCGGUUGAUGAUUCGGGAAGGAAUCAGACAUAGAAGGGCAGAACUAAGUAUUCCUAACAAUUGCCCUGACUAUCCUCUUCCCUUUGCACCAGGACUAACUGCUAGUAUACCAUGUGACAUAACAAUACAUAACAUUUCAAGCAACUGCAGAGCCUGGGUUAGAAUGUGUAUAAAUGAUGGCUUUACACAACAUGUCUACUUAGAUUUGCAAAGUUUUGAAGUAUCUGGAGAGGUGAGAAAAAUUUCUUAUGCUGUGCCAUAUUACAGAACCCCAGAACUUGAUUCUUUCAACUUGAAGGUUUGCAUUGGUUUAGAAUCUUUGUUUGAGAAUGUUACUCCAGUCCAGGCACAUGGGGGCCCAAAAUGUGAACUGGUACUUCUAUGUGAAGAGAAAAUAGUUUAUCUUUCGAGGGUCUUAUAAAAACUAAGUUAUGGCCAA